AUGAAACUUCUUGGUCGUCGUCUCCUUCUUCUAGGGUUUUUCUUGAUUUUGCAAGGGUAUGUUGUGCUUGGUAAUUAUGGCGUUCACAUGAAGAGCUUUGGUUUGCAUAAAGUUGACCGAAACGCUGAUCCAUUAUCACCUAGUUUCGGAAUUAAUGUCCUUAAUCGUACCAGUUUUCCUCAAGGUUUUGUCUUCGGGUCAGCAACUUCUUCUUACCAGUUUUCUCGUCUCAGCAACUGGGAUUACUUUACGCACAAGUAUCCAGGUAAAGUGGUAAAUAGCAACAAUGGAGAUGUUGCAGAUGACUCCUACCAUAGAUAUAAGGAGGAUGUCAACCUUUUGAAGGAAAUGAAUACAGAUUCGUAUCGCUUCUCUAUUUCUUGGUCAAGACUUAUACCUUCCGGCAAGAUUAGCAAAGGCGUAAAUGAAAAAGGGAUUCAGUAUUAUAAUAAUCUCAUCGACGAACUUCUUGCCAAUGGGUUGACACCAGCAGUGACAUUAUUCCAUUGGGAACUUCCUCAAGCAUUAGAGGACGAGUAUGGUGGUUUCUUGAGCCCCAAAAUUGUGAAAGAUUACCUAGACUUUGUAAAUUUGUGUUUUGAGAGAUUUGGCGACCGUGUAAAAUUUUGGAUCACAUUCAAUGAACCCCAUAGUUAUAGUGUUGGCUAUGACAAUGGCCUCAGCGCUCCCGGACGAUGUUCUCCUUGGCUGAACAACAAUUGCACGGUAGGGGAUUCCGGCACCGAGCCUUAUAUAGUAUCUCAUCACCAACUUUUGGCUCAUGCAUAUGCAGUUCAAUUAUACAGAAGAAAAUACCAGGCUCAUCAGAAAGGUAUCAUUGGAAUGACAAAUAAUUGUGACUGGAUGGUGCCUUUGACUAAUUCAUCGCUUGAUCAGCGAGCUGCAAGACGUUCCCUUGAUUUUAUGUAUGGAUGGUUUAUGAAUCCUUUAGUUUAUGGUGAUUACCCGAGAACGAUGAAAGCUAUUGUUGGUGAUCGUCUUCCAAAAUUUACACCUAAACAAUCAAAGUUGUUAAGGGGGUCGUAUGAUUUCCAUGGCUUGAAUUACUACACCGCGGUAUAUGCUUCGCAUGCCAUCAACCCUCCUAAUAGAACACAUGCAAGAUAUAGUACAGACAACCAUGCGGAUCUUACCGCAACUCGUCAAGGCGUACUUAUUGGAGAACAGGCAGGAUCAGAUUGGCUUCAUUCGUAUCCAAAAGGACUUUGGAAUCUUCUUCUCUAUAUAAAGAGAAGAUACAAGAAUCCCGUUAUUUACAUUACAGAAAAUGGAAUUGAUGAAGUAAAUGAUGCUUCCUUACCACUAGAGCAAGCGCUCCAAGAUAACUACAGAAUCCAAUAUUACUAUCGUCAUCUCCAGUUCACCCACAAAGCAAUCAAGAAUGGAGUUAGAGUAAGAGGAUAUUAUGGAUGGUCGCUUAUUGACAACUUUGAGUGGCUGAAUGGAUAUAGUGUUCGUUUUGGGUUCAAUUUUGUUGAUUACAACACUUUGAAAAGAUAUCGAAAACUAUCAUCAUAUUGGUUCAUCAUAUUUGGAGCUCGCCAGCAAUAUUGGAUGAAUAAUUCUCAACAUGCAGAAGCAGGGCCUAGCAGGAGCAACGGCGAUGGAUACGUUGUCGAGGGACAUGAAGCAUUCUUGACCCAGAGCUUCUUCUCCGGUGCUUUAACUGUGCCUGCUUCCAGGUUCUGCCCACAUGAUUUUUAG